UGCUCUUGAAAUAACAGCCGUUUUGAACGCAUUAAGCCACUUGGGUCGUCACGUUCUCUCGUUGCUGUCAAAUCAGCUGCUGUCAGCUGGUUUUGGUUUGUUUUGUUUUGAAUUUCAUCGCACGCACCGCUCUCCCCCAGGAACUUAGUCAUUCCACUGUGAAAUUGAUACAAUCUUUGCCAAAAUGUUAGACAAAGUGAAACACAUUAUCCUUGUGCUUUCCGGUAAGGGUGGGGUAGGAAAAUCUACCGUCAGUACACAGCUCGCCCUAACGCUGACCGAAGCCGAUCACAAGGUUGGCCUGCUCGACAUCGACCUCUGCGGUCCUUCCGUACCGUACCUGCUCGGACUGGAGGAUCGCGAUGUGCACCAGUGCGACGAGGGCUGGGUGCCGGUGUACACCAGCGCGGAAAAGCGGCUGGCCGUGAUGUCGAUCGGCUUUCUGCUGAAAAAUCGUUCCGAUGCCGUCAUCUGGCGCGGGCCGAAAAAGACCGCCAUGAUUAAGCAGUUCCUGGAGGAUGUGAACUGGGACGAGCUGGACUAUCUGAUCAUCGACACACCGCCCGGCACGUCCGACGAGCACAUCACCGUGAUGGAGUGUCUGAAGACGAUCGGCACGGAGGGUGCGAUUAUCGUGACGACACCGCAGGAAAUGGCCCUGGAGGAUGUGCGGAAGGAGGUGACGUUCUGCAAGAAGACGGGCAUUCCGAUACUGGGGAUCGUGGAGAACAUGAGCGGGUUCGUGUGCCCGAACUGUUCGGAAUGUACGAACAUUUUCUCGUCCGGCGGUGGACAUUCGCUGGCGGAGCUGGCCAAGGUGCCCCAUCUCGGCACGCUGCCGAUCGAUCCGCGCGUCGGUGAGCUGGCGGGAACGGGCAAAGCGUGCGUGAAGGAGCUGCCCGACUGUACGACGAGCGAAGUGUUGAGGGAACUGGUUCGAACGCUUACGACGGUUGGCCAAUAAAACGAAGUGUUGUUAAAGUGUA